AUGAACUUCUUUCCUCCGCCAGGGUUUCUUUCCCACCGCAGAUGGAUUAAUACAUCCGCAGGGCUUCCUCCGCGGGUGGACAUCCCCAUCCUCCCAGGGUUCUUUUUCAUCCGCAGGUGGAUUACUAUCCUCCGCAGAGUGAGUUCUCUGGCCUCAGCAGGUGUGUUCUCCCUCCGCAGGUGGUUCUCCCUCUGCAAGGUGGUUCCCCUCAGCAUGUGGAUCUCCUCAGCAGGUGGUUUCUCCCUCAGCAGGUUGGAUCCCCUCAGCAGGUGGAUCUCCCUCAGCAGGUGGUUCCUCCCUCACAGGUGGUUGGCCCUCAGCAGGUGGUUCGACCGCAGCAGUGUUCUCCCUCAGCAGGUGGUUUCUCCCUCAGCAGGUGUUCCUCCCUCAGCAGGUGGUUCUCCCUCAGCAGGUAAUCACCCUCAGCAGGUGGUUCUCCCUCAGCAGGUGUUCCAGCCUCAGCAAAGGUGGUUCCCCCUCACAGUUGGAUCUCUCCUCAGCAGGAGUGGUUUCUCUCCUCAGCCAGGUGGUUGGCCCUCAGCAGGUGGUUCGCCCGCGCAGGGGGUUCUCCCUCAGCAGGUGGUUCUCCCUCAGCAGGUGGUUCUCCCUCAGCAAGGUGGUUCUCCCUCACAGGUGUUUUCUCCCUCAGUCAGGUUGACGUCUAUCCCCGCAGGUGGACCUUGUGGAUCCUGGUGUUCAGCCUCCCUCUCCUCCCUCUCCUCCCUCUUCGAUUUUUCUGCCUCAGAUUUCCAGAGCCCUCAGGAGUUUCCAGGACGUUUUUGUGUGCAAUCUCUGGAUUCAGCUCCUGCCUCCCCCACUCUACUGCCUUUCUUUUCCUCCCCCUCACGUCCUGUUUCACCCCACCUCUCCCUCUGCCUCUCUUCCUCUUUCUGCCUCGGAAUUUCCAGAGCCUUGUCGGAGUUCCUGGACGUUUUUUUCUCUGCGACUUCUGGAUCCAGCCCCUGCCUCCCCCACUUUUGCCUCCCUCUUACAGGUUCCCUCCCACCCUUUGGGGCACUGUCCCCUCUCCUCCUGGUACUGCUCCACCUUCUCCCCUCCUUGCCUCCCCCUUGCACCGUUCGUGCACCAGAUACAGAGGAGUUUGUUUUAGGUCCAGUCAUUCCUAAUCUCCCUACUUCUCCGUCCAGAUAUCUGUGA